AAAAACUGCCGCUUUCAGCAUACUAUUCUUCGCUUUUUGUCCAACAAACGGACUUUGGACUCCGUCACAUUCUCAUUCUUCUUCUUCUUCUUCCCUCGCGGUGCGGUCACCGCCCUCCUCACUCCGACGACCGACGAAAGCCUCCUUUUUUCGCGAGUCCCGUCCUCCGCCUGCCCCUGGAGCGGUGAACUUACCGCGCCCCUUAAAAACUCCCCCUCCGGCCUGAAGCCCUAGGCCAUGUGAAACCUCUCAUCCUCGCCAAGAAGUUCGCGUCUGCUGUUCAACUUGCUCGUAGGGGGAGCUGAAUCGUCUAGGUUAUUUUGUGAGAUGGCUGACUCAGAUAAGAUCCCGAUGCUUUCAGACAAUUAUGUUAAAUCAAAAAAAUAUACUGCUAGGAGUGCAUCAAUGUCGUCACCAGUGAGUUCAUCUUAUGAAAGUGAUGAUGCUUUUAUAUCCCAUACCGGUCCUCUGCGCGGUGAAAGAUCCUCCCGUUUUAUACCUAUGAGUGGUCCUCUAUUUAUUGAUCAGAAACCUGAGGGUGCGGGACCUCAUCUUGGAAAACAACGUAGUAAACCAUUUGUGAUCGUGCCAGAAGAAAUGGGUGAGAGUGGCUGGAAGGACAGUGGCAGUGUAGGAAAACAUGAGCAUUUAUUGAAGUCAGGGCCACUGGGGUUAUGCAAUAACCCUGAUUGCACAACUUGUCCUGCAACCUAUAAAACCAAGCGGAGUACCUACAAAGGUUCACUUCAUCUAGAUGCUAAGCUUCGUAACAUUCUUUAUGGGGACUCUGAAGGAUGGAAAAGGAAGUUCAUUGCAUUUUUUAAUUCAUCUUUUCCUAUAAUGAAUCCACAUACCAAGGUUGUUCAGCAGUGGAACAAAUUCUUUGUUAUUUCUUGCUUGGUGGCAAUUUUCAUAGAUCCAUUAUUUUUCUACUUAUUUUCUGUACAAAAGUAUAACAAAUGCAUAGUGUUGAACUGGUCCUUGGCAACAUCAAUUGCAGUUGUGAGAAGUGUGACUGAUUUUAUUUACUUACUGCACAUAUUUCUUCAGUUCAGGCUGGCUUAUGUGGCUCCUGAAUCUAGAGUUGUCGGCGCAGGUGCUUUAGUUGAUCAGCCAAAGAAAAUUGCUGUUCAUUAUCUUCGUGGUUAUUUUCUACUUGAUCUAUUUGUUGUUCUGCCACUUCCUCAGGUCAUGAUAUUGGCUGUCAUACCAACUGCUUUUGGAUCAUCAGCAGCGAACUUUGCAAAAAGUCUAUUACGUGCUACCGUUCUUCUCCAAUAUGUACCAAGAAUUGUCAGAUUUUUACCCUUGCUUGCUGGGCAGUCAGCAAGUGGCUUCAUAUUUGAGUCUGCAUGGGCAAAUUUUGUCAUUAAUCUUCUUAUGUUUGUGUUGGCUGGGCACGUAGUAGGUUCAUGCUGGUACCUUUUUGGUUUACAGAGGGUAAAUAAAUGUCUACAAGACGCCUGUUCCAUGUCAAAUGUCUCAUUUUGUAAGGAGUUUAUAGACUGUGGAACCGGGGGUUAUGAUACCAGGUUUGAAUCAACACAUCAUUGGGACGAUUGGCGCAAUGAUAAUUCUUCUACUAAUUGCUUUGAUAUUGAUGCUGGUUUUGACUAUGGAAUUUAUGAACAAGCUGUUCUCUUAAGUACAAAACAUAGCAUCGUUACACGAUAUAUAUACUCUCUCUUUUGGGGUUUCCAGCAAAUCAGCACUUUAGCCGGUAACGUAGUUCCAAGUUAUUUUGAGUGGGAAGUUCUAUUCACUAUGGCUAUAGUUGGCCUGGGUUUGUUGCUAUUCGCCUUGCUCAUUGGCAAUAUGCAAAACUUUCUCCAAGCUCUUGGCAGGAGGAGACUGGAAAUGCAAUUAAGACGACGUGAUGUUGAACAAUGGAUGAGUCAUCGACGCUUACCAGAACGGUUGAGGAGGCAUGUGAGGCAAGCAGAAAGAUUUAGUUGGGCUGCCACUCGAGGUGUAGAUGAGGAACAGCUACUUGCAAACUUGCCAGAAGACUUACAAAGAGAGAUACGACGCCAUUUCUUUAAAUGUCUCAAACAAGUACGCAUUUUCACAUUGAUGGAUGAGCCCAUUAUAGAUGCCAUUUGUGAAAAGUUAAGGCAACAGUUCUACAUAAGAGGAAGCGACAUCCUUUAUCAAGGGGGUCCUGUUGAAAAAAUGGUGUUUAUAGUGAGGGGUAAAGUGGAAAGUAUUGGAGUGGAUGGGCAUAAAGCUCCUUUGUCAGAGGGAGAUGUUUGUGGUGAAGAGCUCUUGACGUGGUACCUUGAACACUCUUCAGUGCAUAAAGAUGGAGCAAAAGUUAGGUUCCCUGGACAUCGAUUAUUCUCUACAAGAACAGUAAAAUGUUUAACUAAUGUGGAAGCCUUUGCACUCCGAGCUGCUGACCUUGAAGAAGUUACUGUAUUAUUUGCAAGAUUCCUACGCAAUCCUCGUGUUCAGGGAGCAAUUAGGUAUGAAUCACCAUACUGGAGGAAUAUGGCAGCAGUCCGCAUUCAGGUUGCAUGGAAAUACAGACAGAAGAGGUUGAAGAGAAUUGAGAGCCACAAAAGUGGUUCAAGUCACUCAACUUCAUGCACUCGCCGUUAAUAAUUAGCUGCUUAGGUAUCAUGUAUAUACUUUAUGAGUUAUAUACGGAAGUAUAUUUUUGCCUUCUCGUAUUUUCUUAUGUAGUUUAGAUGGAGUACAUCCGCUUUUGUCGAGUCCUCUGGGGUCCUUGUAUUCAAAUAUCAUGGAAAAGUUAAAUUAUUGAGAUUUUGCUUGGAAUAAAAGAUGGAUGAGUAUUUUUACA